GGGUUUGCGUUGGUGUGCUGGUUGGCAGAGAGAGCGCUUGUCAAAAAAACCUUCCUCUGACAGAAGGCAUGAUUCACAGCAGAGAGAGAGAGAGAGAGAGAGAGAGAGAGAGAGAGAGAGGGGAGAGAGAGAGGGAGAGAGAGGGAGACAAGCGACAGAAAAAGAGAAAAACGGCAGAGAUAAAGAGAGAGAGACAGAGAGAAACGACAGGGGCAGAGAUGCCGACAGAUGACGGUAAUCAACAAACGCAGCCAGAAUGAGCGGAGAAACUUUGACUGGAUUCAGUCCUCAAUCCACUGUCCUCUGUCUUUCUGUUGCUCUGUGUCUGACUGACUAAUGCUCAGCUUGAUAAAGACGUAACUGGCUCUUAACAGACAGCCUGAAAAAUAAACAACAAGAACAAAUUCAAUGCAGUCAUGUCGGGAAAGAGUGGGAAAGAAGAUGAGCUAAGAACAGUAACCCUGUGGACAUAAAAACUGGACAUAUUUUGUCUUAACUUUUCAUGUGUUUCUCUGGAAUCUGGAUGGAAUUUUUCUUCAAGUAGGACACAAUUUCCAAAUAUAAUUUGGACAUUAUGUUUUUUACAUCGUCUUUAUGUCAUGGAGAUUUUGACAAGAAGAUUUUCUUAUCGCAAAAUUUUCCUGACCUCUCAUUACAAGAGAAGGAAUAUACUUCAGUACAUUACAGUGAAUGUAACGUUUUUCCAAUUCAUUUAUUUUUCCAUGGCCCUCUCAAAGCCAGCUGCCAUGUGUUCUGAAGGUCACUUUUCAAGCAAUUCUUUUCCAAUUUAGUGAAUUUAACAACUUCACAAUUCGCUCUUCAAACUUCACGCGUGCCUCCCAUCAACCCCUCCCACCAUCAGCCAUCCAACCAAUCAUGGGCAAGCCUCUUAGCCGUCCUGGGUGUUUCAGGAAGAGCUCCUGUUGCCUGGAGAAACAUGGACCUGGGGAUGGGAGAGUGGGAGGGCGAGAUGGGGGAAUGGAAGGGGGAUACGGAGAUGGCUACGUACCCCAGCGAUCCAUUUAUGAUACCAUGUGCAUCAAUCAACAGAUUGACAGCCAUCACCACCACCCUGGAUCGAUACGGCGAGAUGGUGGAGGUGAGGGGAGUUUUAGCUACUCUGCAAGUGGCUCCCUUAGAGUUAGCCGGUCCCCAGCUGACAUGUUCGAUUCGCAACCCCGCUCUUUAACUCCAAACCCCUCAUUUGUGCGACGACUGGAUGAAAGAGCCAUUUAUGAUUCAUUGAAGCUUGGGGCUCAAGAUGCCGAUGGUGGUGGCUGCCACUCACCAGGCCAUUUCAACCGAUCAGUUUCUCCCUCUGUGUCCUCGUUCUCAGCGCCGGGAGUUUCCUCAUCCAAGAAACAUCACCAUCAUCACCACCAUCACCAUGGAGACAGCACAAAGAGCAGAGAUGGACGACAUUCCUGGAAAGUCUUGACACCUCCAAAACACCUGGAGUGUCUGGAGCUUACUACAACUGAAAUGAUGGACCGAGGAGGGGGAUAUCUGAACCCAGGGCACUACCCUCCCCCUGGGGGCCAGUCCUCCUCUCUUACCUCCCCCCUCAUUUCCCCUUUCUCCGGCUCACCUCUUUCUUCAGGUUACCAUACUCCAGUCUUUUUUUCUCCUGCUAAACCUCGCCCCAGUCAGACUCAGAGUUUGCGCUGUUCCCCUCCUCAUGUAAUUCAGCCUAGGCAUUAUUCCCAAACCCAGAGUCUGAGGUUGUCACCACCCCAAGAGCUUAGAAGAUCACCCUACCGUGCCCAGCUGGUCCAACUGUCUGCUCAUGACCUUGAGCAGGACCUGAGGGAUCGAGGAGGAGGAUGGGGCCGCAGUGAGCGAGAAAGGGAGUGGGAGAGGGAGAGAGAAAGGGAGAUGGAGCGAGGGUGGGCCCAGCGAGAGUGGGAAAGAGAGAGAGAGAGGGGGAGGUUGGAGAGAGAAAGGGCAAGAGAAAGAGAGAGGAGGGAUACAUCAACUUUUGGAACCUUUGGCUAUGGUCGACCAGUUCCUCUGCAUUCAGAGAGAGACUCUGUGUUUUUAGAACCCGAACAAGUUUUAGACACAACACCCCUGUUGCUCCCCCAGCCCUCACCUUCACCCUCCCCCAGUGCUGCCCCAAGAAUGGGCACUGGUGCUGUGGGUAGGAAUAGAGCUGGGUCAAAGGUGGGCCCCGAAAGUGGAGGUGGGGGAAUGGUUUCAAAGUUUGACAAUGGGAGUGUCGGUUUGGUGUUAGUUGACAGCAAAUCUGGGUGUGGGCCAAGGUUAGUAAGUGAAGUUUGUGUUGCAAACAUGUCAGAGGCUGAAAUCAGGGCUGGAAUACAAGAACACCACAGAACUGAAAGUUGGAACAAAUAUGACAAAGGAUCCAGGGCUAUCAUUAAAAAUGGGUCUGAAACAAGAAUGGGCUCGCAGGUGAAAACAAGACCAGGGGGACGGGAUUUGGAAGGAAAAGUGCAAUCUGGGGUGGAGAUAGAAAAUAUGGCUCCAGCUGUGAAGGACGGACAUAGGGGAGGGACAAGGAGUGGAGAAAAAACUGGAAGGGGUGUGGCUAAACCAGAACCUAUUGCUGAGGUGAUACAUUCAACUGUGAUUGAGAUUGAGGACAGGGUUGGGCCUAGAGAUAAAGUUGAAAUUAGAGAUGGAUCUGAUCCAGGAAUGAAGCCAGAGCUUAAGGCAGGGAUUGAGGCUAAAGCUAGUUCAAAGCAGAUGGAGAACAGGACUGGAACAGAAGCUGGAGUUGUAGCUGAAGUUAAUAAUGAGGCUGGUUCAGCAGCAGAGUCCAGAGUAGAAUCUAAAGUUGAGACAGAAAUUAACAUUGCUUUUACAUCUGAGCCUGAGGCAGCACUGGAAGCUAAGGUUGAAAAUGAGACCAUAACUCAGAGUAACAGUGAAAUUGGGGUUGUCAGGGAAGCCCAGAAUAGCACCAAGACUACAGAUAAAGCUCAGAGUUUUGGACAUAAAGCAGAAAUAGACCCUGCAGAUCAGGCUGAGAAAAUGCCUUUGGACAUUGAUAGGAUUGAAUCUAGCCAUAUAGAGAAAGGUUCCAGAUCCAAGAAGUCCAAAUCAUCCAAGGCCAGCUCCAGGACUCGACCUGGCACGGCCACAGGGCUGCGACCAGGCGUGGCCAGCCCACAGUUAAGCAGAGCGCUUGGAGACCUUGAGUCACCAGGCCCCUCUGAAGGCAUUGAGUCCACCUGGCCUCGCCGAAUCAUUGUCAGAAAGAGGACAGUUCGGCAGGGAGGGGCACUUCACAACCUCCCUAUUCUACCCCCACUCCCUUCUGUCCUCUCAGCAUUGGAGAAGAGGCGCCCACAUGCACACCUCCACCCCCGGCCAGGCCACUUCUCUGACAAACCGCCAACAGGCAUUAUUAAUGCUACGAGUAUGGUGGGACGAUGCUCACUUAAAGAGCCCUCCAAUCCAGAAACAGCACAGGUGGCCAGUUUAGUGGGCAGGGCUUCCUUGAAAGAGCAGAACUUGGAGCACUGGAGGGUCUGCAGAGAGCAGGAGGAACCCAGGAGUUCCCAGAGCAAGGAGAAACAAGGAGAGCAGAGUAAGGAGAAGACUGAAAGGGAGGAGCAGAACGGUAAGAAAGAGAAGAGAGAGAAGGAAAGGAGAGACGACAAAGACAAAAAGGAUGAAAAAGUGGGUAAGGAGAAAGAGCAGGUUGCUGUCAGUGAGGGGCUGUUAGAAGAAACCAAACAAGAGACGAGACGGGUUGAACAAAAAGUCCAAGUAAAUAUAAACAAAGCUAAGGAAGUGAAAAAGGAGAAAGAUUUAGAAAUAAUAUCUGAAAAGUUGGAGGGUAGAGGUAUGAGGAUUAAGGACAGAAUACAAGAGCAGCAUGAACAAGAGUUGGAGGUAGUGGUAACUAAAUUACAGAAAGAAGAAGGUGAAGUAGAGGGAGGGGUAGGAGGGACACUAGAGGAAGAGGGGAUGGAGAGUUGGGAUGCUGUCCUUGAGAUGGUCAACACAUUGUGGGAUGAUGGUUGGGACAAAGGUGGAGCGGGAGGAGGAUGUGAUACUGAUUCCUUCUCAGGCUCCCUGCAGCGUUGGCCUCUCCUCCGGCCCCCGGUUGGCUUUGGGGGAUCCCACCCUCCCUCCUCGGCAGCCUCGGAGCUCAGCCUUACAGAGUUAGAAAGGAGAGCUAGGGAGCUGGACUCUGACCUGGAGCACUUAGACCUGUCUCAGCCUCAUAGGGAUAACCAGGAUUUAUACCAAACACUGCUGGAGCCACAGAGGGAACGAGCUGACAUGUAUCAAACUCAUCCAGGGCCACAGAGAGAGAAAGCUGCUCUCUUGACAGGAGUGGGGAGCAGAUCCCAGGUCAGUUUGGAGCUUAGUGCUAUGGCCUCACCAGCUACAGACACAGACAGACCUCCUGUUGACUGGUCAAACAAAUCUGCUGUGACUUCCACUGUUGGCACAAGCUCUACUAAGGAGGACAGCUCUCCAGACUCCAACUUAACGCUUGAGUCAGACUCCAGUGGCGUCUUCCUCUCAUUAUCCAAUCAGAGCCAGGAGGAAGCUGGCUCUGACAGCGACCAGCCAGUGAGUGGCUCCGACUUAGGCAGCAGCAGCACGUCACUGGAGAAGGACGGGGACGAUGGAGGAUUAAAAGAAUGGGGAAGGGAGGAGAGUGCAGAGCUACAGUGGUGCUACCCGUCCCUCCUUAACACCUCCUUGCAUGAAGACAUAGAAGGAGAUAUCGAAAAAGAGCAAGCAAGACAUGGAAUGAUGGGGGAUGAAGAGAGAGGGAAUGAUGAGAAUGGAAGGAAAGAUGGUAAGAUAGGAGUAUUUUCAAUCAUUAGGUCCACACUCAACCAUUCAGAUAUUGAGGACUCCCCGACUCACAACCCUCAAAAUGAAGCAAGGAAAAAAGUGACCCUCAUGGGAACCGACUCCCCUCUUCCCCUGUCUCCCUCAAAACAAACAGUCAAGCACUUUCUAGAUCCUAAUCAGAAACCAAUCAGAAGCUCAGGACUGGACUGUGGUGACUUAGAUCCCUUUGUCCAAUCGGAUAGCUUUGUUUACCUUGCCGUGUCUGCAAGACCUGCCUCCAGGGGUGAAGUCACCACAGUGACAGAAGUUCCCACCCAUGAUACAAAACAAGACUUGAUGCAAAUAAGACUUGAUGACACAAGACAACAUUUGGAUAGCAUUAAAACACACUUGGACCAGACAAGUCCAGAACAUGAUGCCAAGCCAUCUCACCUUGCCCUACAAAAACCAGAGGAAGGAGAUUUUCUGUGCACGGACAGCUUUGUCUAUCUGGCUGCUCCAGCCUGCCUCCUGCUGGGCCCUGCAGGAACCUCACCCUACAGUGGCAGGGACUCUGACUCAGAGAGUUCAGGCUCUGGCCCUGUUGAUCUCUCAUUGCUGGGUUGUGGCUCAGUGGCGGGAGACAGUGACUGGGACUCAGACCUAUCCGACUCCGAUCCCAGUCGCUCCUCCAGAAUCUCUGCUACUGGAAGCAAAUCUGCGGCUGUUGCACGACCCAAGCGACUGCCUGCUGAGCCUGGUUGGGACUUGUUUGGAGAAACCACUGAACCUGAAGUGCUGAGUGAGCUGUUCACCGAACAGGACAGAAACAACAAUGGCAAAGCAAGAAAGGUUACCGGGGUUACCACCAGCAUGGCAGUGACACCAGGCAUUCCAAUGCCAACUCAGCCUGUUGCUACACCAGUGAGGCAGACGACAACAGUAGAGCAGGUGUCAACAACAAAGAAAGUGACAUGGCAGUUUAAACCAGCCCAGAGGUCAGUGUGCACAGGAAGCAGAAAGGAGAAAGAGAAGGAAGUGGUAAGGUUCACAGAACUGGGCGGAGGCGAGACCCACAGACCCCCACCUUCGUCUUCAUCAUCUUCAUCAUCCUCACCGUCGUCAUCAUCUUCUGGUUGACUUGUGAUCAAAAUGGUUUUUGUUUGACAGUGACGAUGGUUUUUGAAGCUGAAUUGGUUGCAGAAAGGUUGAAAAGAUGUUCAACUUGUUUUGUAGAAACUGAGAGUUUGAACAACUACAGCUUUUUUUGUCUGUAAAUUUUGAAUUCUGCAUCUAGCUGCUGCCAUUGCCUUCUUAUGACCUUAUAAAGGCUGCAUAAAAGACUAAUUACUUGUCGCAUUUUCUUAGAUUAGCCUAUACAAUAUCAUAUAUAAUCAGUUUUAGUUUGAGACAGUAUGAGACUCAGGCUAAACAGAAACCUUCAGGUUGAGAUUUUGUGAAAAUAUGACCAAUGAUUGAACAAUUAGGUAAGAUAUGCACAGUAUCAUUCCGAAUGGGUUUUUAUCAACAGUCAACUUUUGAAACAGAGGAUUGAUUUAUUAGUUACAUAUUAUCUAUCUAAAUAAUACAUAUGAAUAGCUCUGUGUUUUUUUUUUAUUAUUAUUUUAUUCUACUGAAUGUACUGUACAGUAUAUACACAACUAUAAGGAUCCACCCUCAAACAGAAUACACACAUCAGGUAUUCUCAAUAAUUUGGUUAGGUAACCUGUAUUUAAACGUUAUCACAAUAAUUGGAAUUCAGUUACAAUAAAACGUGUUGAAUGUGUUAUGAUUACAGUUUUUAUAGAGAUUACACUUCCUCCCCUAUAUAAAGCCUCAAUUAUACACCUGAUCAUUUAUGUACUUAAAACCUGACUUUUAAAAACUGGCUGAAGUCGAACUUUACAGUGUACAAGGUAUUUUAUAAUCACAUCGAACUCUACAGUGUAUUUAACAGUGUGUUGAUAAUAUAUUUUGAACAUUGAGAUAAUUAUAGAGCAAAAUAUAUAUGUGAUGAAUGUGAAAAGAUGAACAAAUAAUGGAAGGAUUUACGGUAUCACCUUACAUCAUUACACAGUAAUAACAUGGUAAUUCUGGGGUAAUAGUUUGAUAAUAAAGAGGUAACAAUUGAGUAGUAGCAUGUAAUUACCAAAGUAAUAACCAGUUAAUAGCUUGGUAUUAACAAUGGGUAUAUCUGGUUAAUAUUAGACACAAAUUUAUGUAACACAGUGAUAACGGGCCAAAACAAAGAGUAAUAAUGGGGAAACAUAUAAGAUAGCAAAGAUGCAAAACUAUAUAGUAAUAGUAUAGUAGUAUUUUUGGUAACAAUAUACCGGGUAACAAUAAAAUUCUUUUAUCAGUCCAAAAGUGUUUCCAGGUAAACAUAUAUUAUAUUAAACAUGUAUUUUGUUAUGUAAUACCUCAAAAUUAAAGGAAAAGUUUGGAACGCAAGAGAGGAUAAGUUUUAGCAUUGCAAUAUGGUAAUUACCAAUUUUGACUUCCAAGAAUUUUCAUGUGAUUUUGAAGGUAUUACACUGAUAGUAGCCUAUACAAUUGUGAAAACAGCAACCUAUAUUACCUCAUUAUUAUUGGGUUAUAACCCCAUUUAUGUCAUCAUAUUAGCAUAUUUUCAGCCAAAUAUUGCACCGAUAUAAUCAUUUUAUUGUUAGCAGGUUAUUAUAUUGUUACCAAAAUAUUACUAUACCAUUACUAUAUAGGUUUGCCUUGUUAUCUAUAAAUGUGCUUCCCAUUAUUACCCUUUGUUUUUGGCCCCUUUUCACCCUGUUACAUACAUUUUAAUAUUACCCAGAUACACCCAUACCAAGCAAUUCCAAGUUAUUACCUGGCUAUUACUUUGGCAAUUAUAUCACUCAAUUAUUACCUCUUUAUUAUCAAUUAAUUACCCCAGUAUUACCAUAUUAUUACCAAACUGUAAUGUAAAGUGCUACCGGAUUUAGUAAUAACAUUUAAUUUAAAUGUUUUAUUUAUCAAUUAGAUUUGAAAUUGUGAAUGUAAUAAUUGAGCAAUAUGCUUACAGAUUCAUGCUAUACUCUAUGUUUCAUAUGUGGAAAUGUUGCCUGUGUGAUGUGUAUAAUAAUUAAUGAGAUUAAUUUUAUUUAUACAACCAAAUAUUAAUUGUAAAUGCAGUUAUUAAACACAAAUACACUAAUUUAGAGAUUCUAUGUGUAACAUUUUUAAACAUCAAUUUAUCAUUGGGUAACUCGGUACAAUUGCCAUAAACAAUAAGACCAUGGUUGAGAUGACUGAUAGUCUCACACAAGUGUUGUUUUUAGUGCUAGUGUUUCUCAAAAUAAAGACUUCAUCUCCCAUAAUCCCCUUUGCACCAAUUUCUCCUUCUGUGGCAUCUCUGAAGAGGAUAAACAUGUUGGAGACAUUUUUUUUCCAUUUGCCUCUCGCUCCCAUUUGUCACAGUUAGAAAAUUUGACAGCUUUAGCUCUGUUGGUGCUGAAAGUAUAGCCCCCCAGACAAUUUCCCUCCAAAUCAAAGUCGGAGGCACACAAUGUAAAACACAGUGUGGAGGCUGGUAGAGCUGCCAGUCACCUCAGCAGUGGUCUUGUUGUUGAGUAAUUAUAAGUACUAAUGUCUCAAAAUGAAUGUGGUUAUGAUUUACUGAUGUUAAAAAUUAUACACAUAGCACCUUUAAAAGAGCACAAAAUGCUAUCAGAUUUGUUACCCUAUUACAAAUAUGACAAAGGAAAGGUUGAAGGUUAACAAAUUAUUGUCAGUUACACAAUAAUAAUUCUUGUUACACUAUGAUGUCAUUAUGAAAGCCUGCGUGGGAAGUGAUAACAGGCAAAUCAGAUCCUGGUUUAAUUUGUUUGAAAUUUGCACUUGAAUUUCACAUUGGUUAGUGAAAGGCAACUGUUUGAAUUUUGAUAAACUCCGAGUCAAUUAAUCUAUUGA